GAGUGGGCUUGAAACAGAAAACCCAGAGAAUUAGCAGAUCACACAGGUUGCGCGACCUUGCAGUACAGCGGUCAACCUUCUCACCGAUUGUUCUUUCCUGCUGUUCUUCCAUCUGGAGGGCAUUCCACCCUCCGGAAAAGGCAACGGCCGGUCAUGGUGCCCAUGAAUGUGAACCGCCAGAAGCGGGACCACAUCGUCUGGACCGAUCUCAUCUUCCGCAUCCCCCUGCACAAGCCCAAAACUGAAGUUCCAAAAAAGGAAGCAAGAUGCAACACGUCUGUGGCGGCGAUAUCCAACCUCCAAUUGGGCAAGAAGAAUCGGCAAAUGAAACCGCUGCAUCUCCGCAUGGAUUCUGUUCAAGAGGAGGAGACAGAAGAAGUAAAAGAGUCUUCUCCACCCCAAUCCCAUGCUGUGAGUGCACCAUCCUCGCCAGGAAACCUAGCCUCUCAAGGAAAGGUCAAGAGGGUUCUUGUUGACCUCAGACCCAUCCUGGAGAAUGUAAUGGACCCCUUCGAAGAAGGACCUGAGGAGAGGGAUCUGGAAAAUGAUACACUUCCUUCUUCAUACCCUAGAGAUUCCAGCAGGAAAGUUACGGAUCCUUCCAGUGAAGCAGAAGAGAAGGACUCCACCAAUAAUGGAUGCUCUUCUUCAAAUGCCAGAGAGUCCAGCAGUGAAGACCAUGAAACAGAAACAACCACCAUGGAUUCUGGAGAUGGAGAAUCUGACCAGGACAGUUUGCUGCCUCCCUCAGUGGACCCAUGCAGAGAUUUCAGCCUUGCUGCCAACAACAGCAGGACCCCAAAGGACAUCUGCUGGUCGCCUGACGAGACAACGGCCCUUGGGAGAAAUGACUGGCCAGCCGUCCAGCCUACGCAGCCCAAACUGAAAAUUCCCAAGUCAUUCCCCAAGAUAACCCCACACUGGCCAGGCCUUCCAGAGGCAGACAGCACAACAGACCUAGUCAGGCCCUCACCCCCCUCCCCAGAUUUCCAGCUUCCAACUCAGCUGCUCCUCCAGAGGUUACAGGAGACCACAACCAGCAAGAAUCACUUGCUGAUCAUGCAAGUGCUGCGUUCAUUACGUGAGGAGCUGCCGACAGAAAACUUGGACUCGGAUGAUGGGGACAAAGGGAACCACCUCACAGAGCUUCCAACGGGCAACCUGCAGAAACACAACAAGCCACAAGCCAGAACGAGGAAGCCUGCGGCCCCGAAGAGGAGGCUAGGCAAACUGGUCUGGUGCAGCAGCAGUUCAGUCCACGCUGCAGACUCAGGACAGAAGGCCCUGAACGUUCCAGGUGCUGCAGAACUGGGAAAGUAGAUCUUUGCAUGCCAGAUUGGACCGGAACAUACGCCUAAUCCAGGAUUCUGUUCCCAACAACAGGCUCCCCAGGUGCUUCUGGGAAACUCACAAGCAGGGUGGCAACGCAGCAGCCUUCUGAUAUGCAGAGGUACAUUGCCUCUAACUGUGGAGGCUCCGUUUGGCUUGUCACGGCUAGUAUGCAUGCAUAGGCCUCUCCUCCAUCAAACAAAUGCCUUUUCUUUUGGAAAUUAUCUCACUGAUUGGGUUCUGAAGGUGGCAACAUGUCUGGAUACACACAACCAGGACUCGCUUUCUUGGCAAAGGGACACAGUACUGUCGUUAGAUCUUCAGAUCUGAGGACAAAGUUAUAUCUGGUCUUUCAGGCUCCCUCAACCACUUCUGGAACUGCUGCUCUCUUCCAAGGCGCCCCUCCCAGAUUCUCGGAGAUCUCUUGCUCCCGUAAAGACCUCUGCUGCUUCUCUUUUGCUCUCCCUUGGGCCCGGAGUCCCUGCCCAGAAGACCCCCCACUCACAUUGC